AUGUGUUCAUUGUCCUCUAUUGUUAUCCUAGCCUUAUGGCUGCCGGGGACCCUUCUUUCUCCGGGCAGUGUGGCUGUCUACGUUAUCUUCAGCAUGCUAUACGGCUUCGCAUCUGGUGCAUUCGUAGGCAUGGUGCCCGCUCUACUGAGCCAGAUCUCACCCGAUGUGACCAAAAUCGGCGUUCGUCAAGGUGUUCUGUUUACUUGCAUUAGCAUCGCAUCACUCACAGGAAGUCCUAUCGCGGGAGCAAUCUUGAGCCGACAGAACGGAACCUACUGGGGAUUACAGGUCUUUGCGGGCGCCAUGAUGGGGGCAGGUGUAUUUUUCUUCACUGCCGGGAGGAUAGUUCUCGCCGGAACCUCUAUUGCCAAAAAGAUUUAA